AGGAAAUUCACAACAAACGAAAAAAAGAGCCGCACAGACACCUGUAGGCAAAGUUGAGUGUUCGAGGGGCGCGCGUUUCCAGCCCCGCACGAUUUCGGAGUGUUCCCUCGAAGAAGCGCUCGGCCUGCCGACUUCCCCGUAGCGCCGACGUGAAGUCAACGCAUCCUCGUCCGCACGAGACCGACGAGACCACGAGCACGGGAGCCCCGUCCACGUCAGGCAUUCGAGGCAGCGACCGCGGCUGCGCACAGCCAGCGUGUCGACCACGCGCGCCUUUUGGAUACGACGCCGGUGUUUUGUUCUCGCGGCCUGUGGUGUGCACGGUGUCGGAUGCUGCCGUCCGAGUGUCCCCGGUGCAGCAGUGUCCAAGGGCCGCCGAGGAGCUAGGCCUAAACGUCGAACUUGACCGCCAGGUCUGAGAUGACGCAAGGGUGAGAGAGAACGGCAGGAUGUCUCAGCGUGCAGAUGCCCUGGAGUUUGAGAAGGGCCGCAUCAAGGCCCUUCAGGAGGAGCGGUUACACAUCCAGAAGAAGACCUUCACCAAAUGGAUGAACUCCUUCCUUCAAAAGGCCCGGAUGGAGGUGGACGACCUCUUCACGGACCUGGGGGACGGCCGCAAGUUGCUCAAGCUACUCGAGAUCAUUUCGGGCGAGAAGCUGGGGAAGCCCAACAAUGGCAAGAUGCGAGUCCACAAGAUUGAGAACGUCAACAAGAGCCUGGCUUUCCUUCAUACCAAGGUGAGACUGGAGAGCAUUGGGGCCGAGGACAUUGUGGACGGAAACCCUCGGCUCAUCCUCGGCCUCAUCUGGACCAUCAUCUUGCGCUUCCAGAUCCAGGACAUAGAGAUUGACGUGAAUGAAGAUGACGAAAGCAGUGAGAAGAAGUCAGCCAAAGACGCUCUGUUGCUUUGGUGCCAGAGAAAGACAGCAGGGUAUCCAUCGGUGAACAUCCAAGACUUCAGCUCCAGCUGGCGCAGCGGCAUGGGCUUCAACGCGCUGAUCCACGCACAUCGGCCGGACCUGAUUGACUACGACGCGCUGCAGCCAGCCGACCACAUUGACAAUCUCAACAACGCCUUCAAUGUUGCACAGAGGGAACUGGGCAUCCCGAGGCUUCUCGACGCCGAAGACAUUGACACCAACAAGCCCGACGAGAAGUCUGUGAUGACGUACGUGGCGUCAUACUACCACACGUUUGCCCGGAUGAAGAACGAGAUGAAGCAGGGUCGUAGGAUUGCCAACAUUGUGGCCCAGAUGAUGGACGCAGACCGGCAGAAGAGUUGGUACGAGCGUCUGACGUCCAAGCUGCUCGAGUGGAUUCAGGCCAAGACGGCCGAGCUGCAGGACCGCCGCUUCCCAAACUCCCUCGAGGGCAUCCAGGGGGAGCUGCUGCGCUUCAAGGAGUAUCGCACCGUCGAGAAACCACCCAAGUACAAGGAGCGCAGCGACAUCGAGGCCCUGCUGUUCGACAUCCAGACGAAGCAGAAGGCGCUGGGGCGGCCCCUGUACAGCCCGCCCGAGGGCAAGAUGGCGCACGACAUCCAGCGGGCCUGGGACCAGCUGGAGGAGGCGGAGCACGCCCGGGAGGUGGCCCUGCGGGAGGAGCUGCUGCGCCAGAAGAAACUGGAGAACCUGGCUUGCCGCUUCGACCGCAAGAGCGCCGUGCGCGAGGGCUACCUCAAGGAGAUGAUCCAGGUGCUGUCGGACCCCCGCUACGGCAGCAACCUGUCCCAGGUCGAGGCCACUGUCAAGAAGCACGAGGCCAUCAGCGCCGACAUUCUCGCCAGGGAGGAGCGAUUCCAGAACCUGACAAAGAUGGCUGAGCAACUUGAGAAAGAAAACUACCAUGCAAAGGAUCGCAUUAGGCUCAAGGAGGGAGAGAUCCUGGGGCGCUGGGGGCUGCUGCUGGAGCUGCUGGAGAAGCACCGGCUGACACUGUCGAGCGUGAGCCUGCUCAUGGGCCUGCUGCGGGAAGCGGACACCCUGCACGCCGAGAUCCGGGCCAUGGAGGCGGGCUUCCUGUCGGACGAGUAUGGCCGCCACCUGCUAGCUGUGGAGGACCUGCGCCAGAAGCAGGCCCUGGACGAGCUCAACUUGGCCUCCAGGGGCGAGGCCAUCCGGCGCCUCACCCUCCAGGCGGCUCCGCUGCUCGGCCACAGGGAGGGCCCUGUGCUGCAGCGCAGGCUGGACGAGCUCAACGCCGACUUCGCCAGCCUGGGCAAGCUGGCCUCCCAGCGGCGGCGUCUGCUGGACGACUGGCGGGCCUACUUCCAGUUUGUGCAGGACCACGAGGAGGAGGAGGCCUGGGUCAAAGAGAAGCAGCGCAUCUGCAAGGCUCAGGUCGCCGGCAAGGACCUCCUCGCCCUCGUGUCGCUCCAGCAGAAGCACAAGGCAUUGGAAGCGGAAAUCCGAGGCCACGAGGGACGCAUCCAGAAGCUCGUCCAAGCAGGGGAUGCGCUAAUUCAACAGCGGCACAGCCAGAGCCCCGACGUGGAGCAGCGGCUGGAGGCGCUCCACGCCCGCUGGGCCGAGCUGGCUGAGCUAGCCGCAGGAAAGCGAAAGCGCCUCGAAGACGCCUACGAGGCCUUCCAGUACCAUGCGGACGCCAACGAGGCGGAGUCGUGGGUGCGGGAAAAGCAGGCCCUGGUGUCGAGCUGCGACUAUGGCAAGGACGAACCGAGCGCCCAGGCCCUGCUGCAGCGCCACUCCUGCCUGGAGAGUGAGAUGAACGCCUACGGCAACGACAUCCGCCGCCUCCGGGACCAGGCCGACCACAUGGCCCGCUCGGGGCUGGACUCUCUUGCCAUCUACCUGGAUGCUGUGAAGGAAGAUGCGGAGGAGUGGGUGGAGGAGAUGGUUCCUUCGGAGGAGUGGGUGGAGGAGGUUGUGGAGAAGGAGGCACUCCAGACGCUGGUGGAGGAGAAGCAGGUGCCCCAGGUGCGGGCGCUCUACCCCUUCAGCGGCCAGAACAUGCAGGUGCACAAGGGAGAGGUGAUGACUUUGCUGAACCGCACCAACUCGGACUGGUGGAACGUCCGGCAGCAGAACGGCGAGGAGGGCUUUGUGCCGGCCAACUACGUGCGGGAGGUGGAGCCCAAGCUGGUCAAGAAGACGGUCAAGAAACCGGUGGUCAUCACUGAACGGCAGCGCGUCAAGAAAGUUGUCAUGAAGCCAAAGAAGAAGGAGAAGCCACUUUCACCUCAGAAAGUGACGAUGACAGCGAGCACUACCCCGAAGGACGGAAGAGGUGUGCAGCAGCGGCAGGCCUCCAUCGACGCUUCUUACCAGAACUUGCUACAGAUGUCAAAGGAGCGAAGAAGUUACCUGGAGGACGCCAUUUGCCUGUUCGGGUUCUUCAGGGAAUGCAGCGACUUCGAAGCGUGGAUGGUCGACAAGGAGAAACUUCUCACCGUCGAAGAUCCAGCCGAGAACGUCGAAGUGCGCAAAAAGAAGUUCGAGAACUUUGUGACGGAUCUUUCUGCAAGCAAGGUUAGGCUGGACGAGAUUGAUCGUAAGGUGGGAGAGUUUGUGGAGAACAAGCACAGUCAGCUGGAUGCGAUCCGUACUCGAAGCAGACAGAUCCAUGGACGAUGGGAUAGGCUUAACCAACUCAAGCAACAGAAAGAGAGGAGCUUGGAAGGGGCUACCAGCGUGGAACUCUUCCACCGCACUUGCGACGAUGCUCGAGACUGGAUGUCGGAGAAGAUGCAGAAAAUUGACACGGACGAAGUGGGCCGCGACAUGAAGACCGUGCAGGCGUUGCAGAGGAGGCACGAGAAUCUCGAAAGAGAAUUGGCGCCCCUCGAGGAGAAGUUCAACAGAGUUAACCUCCUGGCUGAUUCAGUGAAAGCCUCUUACCCAGCUGAACGCUCAAAUGUUGCGAAGAGGCAAGCAGAGCUCCAAAGUAUCUGGGACCAAGUCAAGGAACGUGCAGCUGAGCGUCGGUCUAGGCUGGAGGAUUCCAUGGGUCUUCAGAUUCUCGCCAACAGUGCCAAGAGUUUGCUGGCCUGGGUGAGUGAGGUGAAGGUGGCACUGAACAGCUUUGAGCCGGCCCGAGACGUCGCCACGGCUGAGAGCAACCUCAAGAAGCACCACUACCUGGGCGACGAGAUCACGCGCCACGAGGACGAGUUCUCCGACAUCCAGAAGCUUGGCCAGAAGCUGCUGCUGAAGAACAAGGACGGCGAGGAGAUUCGGGCCACUUUGGCCCAGCUGCAGGAGGAGCAGAGCGCCAUCCAUCGGGGCUGGCAGGAGAAGCUCGACUACCUCCGACAGGGCGUGGACUUGCAGAUGUUCAACCGCGAGGCCGAUCAGAUUGACAGCAUCACGAGCAGCCACGACGCUUUGCUCGACUUCGAAGACCUCGGAACAACGUUGGACGACGUGGAGGCCUUGUCGAAGCGGCACGAAAACCUCAUCAACACGUUGGCCGUGCAGGACCAACGUGUUGCGGCAUUCAGCGAGAUGGCUGACAAGCUGAUUGCUGCUGGUCACUGUGAAAGCAAAAAGAUUGACAAGCGCCGGGACCAGGUGGUAGCCAACCGGCAGGCGGUGAAGGACAAGGCACAGAAGCGAAAGGAGCUCUUGGAGGAGUCUCGAGCGUACCACGAGUUCAAGGCUGAAUCGGAAGAGAUGUCAACAUGGAUCCAAGACAAGUUGAAGAUGGCGACAGACGACUCUUACCGCGACUUGACGAACUUGGAACGGAAGCUGCAGAAGCACGAGGCAUUUGAGGCCGAGCUGAAAGCCAACGAAGCUCGUCUGCACGACAUUGACUCGAAUGGCCGCAGCCUCAUAGCGGGGCAGCACUAUGCAUCGGAGGACGUUGCCCGUGACCUGUCCCGGCUGGAGGCGCAGUGGGCGGAGCUGUGCCGGCGCUCCAACGAGCGGGGCCGGUGCCUGCGGCAGGCGGCCAACCAGAGGGCACACAACCGGGCGCUGGAGGACGCUCGGGUCAAGCUGGACGAGCUGGAGGCCGCCCUCGCGUCAAAGGACCUCGGACACGACCUCCGCAGCGUCAAGGACCUCCUCAAGAGGCACCAGGCUCUCGAGGCGGAAUUGAUCACGUGGGAGACAAAGGUCCAAGACCUUGUCUUGUACGGAAAAGACAUGGCAGACAAAGGUCAUUUCGACGCACCAAACAUCCUCAAGGCCACACGGACCCUCAAUGACAGGUUUGGGCGCCUGCGAGAGCCGGCUGAGGAGAGGCGUCGGCAGCUCGAAGAGUCCCUGAAGCUGCACCAGUUCAACUUCGACGUGGACACGGAGAAGCAGUGGAUCACGGAGCACCUGCCGGCCGCCUCGUCCCUUGACCUGGGCCAGAACCUCAUCGACGCCCAGAACCUCUUCAAGAAACACCAGAAACUGGAGCGUGAGGUGCAGGGCCACCAGGGGAUGGUGGACAAGACGCUGGCGGCCGGCCGGGCGCUCGUGGAUCAGCGCCACUUUGCCUCGGCCUCGGUCAAGGACAAGUGCCACGAGCUGCUGGCCUGCUGGAACCUGCUCGGGUCAGAGUGCGCCAAGCGCCGCAAGAAGCUGGAGCUGCAGCUCAAGGCACAGACGUUCUACUCUGAAGUGAACGAGAUCGAGGCCUGGAUGAACGAGAAGAAGGCAGUGCUGACCAGCUCCGACUUUGGCCGGGACGAAGACGCCGCAGUCAAGCUUCUCACCAAGCAGAAGGCACUGGAGCUGGAGAUUGAUACUUACUCCGGCCUCAUUGUGGAGAUGACGCACCAGGGACAGACAAUGAUUGACCAGAGCCAUCCCGAUUCUAAAAUCAUUGCAAACCAGAUGCACACGGUGAACCAGGAGAUGAAGAACCUGCAGAGGCUGUCGAAUGCCCGCAGGCAGCGGCUGAUGGAGGCCAAGCACACCCACGAGUUCUUCCGGGAGAGCGACGAGCUCGAAGACUGGAUCAGCGAACAGACCCAAGCUGCUCUAUCCGAAGACUACGGCAAGGACUACGAACACCUCUUGGUCUUGCAAGCCAAGUUUGAAGACCGGAAGCUGGUGGUGGACACGGGGGAGAAGCGGCUGGAGCAGUGUGCCGACCUCGGGAGGCGCCUCAUCACGGCAGAGGUGGCCCGUUCAGGCGAGAUCGAGAGGCGCCUAGAUCGUCUGGAGGAGCUGUGGCGUGGCCUGAGCGAGGCGCUGGCGUCCCGAGACCAGAAGCUGCAGGCUGCGGGGGAGAUCCACCGCUUUAACCGGGACGUGGGAGACGCCCUGAGCCGCAUCCAGGAGAAGUACGCCGCCAUCCCAGAAGAGACCGGCAAGGACCUGGACGCCACCCAGGGCAUGGUGCGGCGCCAGGAGGGCUUCGAGAACGACCUUGUGGCGCUCGAGGCACAGCUGCAGGUGCUGGUGGACGACAGUGUGCGGCUACAGGCGGCCUACCCGGGAGGCAAUGCGGAGCACAUUGCGGAGCAGCAGCGCCUGGUGGUGGACCAGUGGUCCGCACUCCAGGACAAGGUGGCCAGGCGCAAGGAGCAGCUCAAGGAGUCUCUCCAGUUCCAGAAGUUCCUCUCCAUGGUCCGCGACCUGGAGACCUGGUCUCGCGGGCUCUGCUCGGAGCUGGGUGCCCAGGAGACGGUACGGAGCGCCACGGGGGCCCAGACGCUCAAGUCGGAGCACGACCAGGUCAUGGCGGAGAUCGAGGCCCGGGAGGAGACCUUCGGUGACGUCCUCAAGUUUGGCAAGAUGAUGAUGGACGAGCGGCACUACGCCGCCGCAGAGAUCCAGGAGCGACUGGCGCAGCUGUUGCAGGCCCGGGACGCCCUGCAUCUGUCCUGGCAGCGGAAGAAGGUCUACCUGGACCAGCUGCUGGACCUGCACUUCUUCCUCAGGGACGCCAAGCAGCUGGACACCCUCAGCGCUCAGCAGGAGGUGUACCUCUCUGGCACCGAGGUGGGCACCACGGUGGAGGAGGUGGAUGCCAACGUGAAGAAGCACGAGGCCUUCGAGAAGCUCAUGGCCACCCAGGACGAAAAGCUCCAGACACUGGAGCAGCAUGGCGCAAAGCUGGUUCAGCAGAACCACUUCGACAGCCCCACCAUUCGCAAGAGGAUGGAGGAAGUUGCGGCCAGGCGCGCCCACGUGAAGGCCCUGAGCGCAGCCAAGCGAGGCAAGCUCGGGGAGGGCCUGCUGCUGGCCCAGUUCCGGCGAGACGCCGCAGAAGCGGAGGCCUGGGUGGGCUCCCGUCGCAAGCAGCUGGAGGCCCAGGAGGCCUCUCUGCAGGCCGAGCUGCCCAGCUCCCUGGAGGAGAAGGUCAAGCAGCUCCAGAAGCACCAGGCCUUCCAGGCGGAGCUGGCCGCCCACGAGGGAAACAUCGUGGCCAUACGGCAGAAAGGGGAGACCCUGCUGGAGAAGCGACACCCGGCCUCAGGCGAAGUGCGUGAGCAGCUGGAGCGGCUGCUGGGCCUCUGGCAGGAGCUGCUCGCGGCGCUCCGCCGGAGGGGGAGGGGCCUCGAGGAGGCUCAGGACAUGCUUGACUUUGAGAGCCAGGUGGACAAGGUCGAGGCCUGGAUCCGAGACAAGGAACUGAUGGUCCAGGCAGGGGACACCGGGGAAGACUACGAGCACUGCCAAGCGCUGCGCAGGAAACUGGACGACGUCGAUUCGGACAUGAGAGUCGACGACGGCCGCAUCAAGAACAUCAACACCUUGGCAGACAAGCUGAUCCGCGAGGGCAGGCCCAACACCAGCGCCACCCAGCAGCGGAGGGAGAAACUAAACCGCAAGUGGAAAGCUCUUCAAGGCGCACUCGACAGCUACAGAGCUAAGCUGUCGGCUGCACUUGAGGUGCACGCCUUCAAUCGUGAUGUCGAUGACACAUAUGACCGGAUCAAUGAGAAGGCGAUUGUCAUGUCGACCAAAGAAGAAAGCAAGAGCUUGCGGGCUGUGGAAUCUCUCCAGCGCAGACAAGACGCGGUCGAGCGGGAGAUGACCACCAUCGAUGCUAAACUCAAGGACCACGAAGCCAAUUGCGAACGCCUGAUGAAGAAGCACGGAGAACUGGCGGCGCCAAUUCGUUCCAAGGUGUCGGACGUCCAGGAGAACUGGAAGCGGCUCAUGACGCUAUGUAGCGAAAGGAAGCAAACCCUGGACAGUGCCUACCAGUUGCACAAGUUCCUGACAGAACUCAAGGCUCUUGAGGCAUGGGUGAAUGACCUGAUUGAGCGGAUGAAGUCUGGAGGACUGGGUUCCAACAUGCAAGAGGCCGAGUCCCUUCUGGAGUUGCAUCAAGAGCACAAGGCGGAGAUGGAGGGGCGCCAGGAGGCCUUUGAGCGGCUGCAGGCAUUCGGGGCCAAGCUGCUGCGGGAGAAGCACGGGGCCUCGGACGUGGUGGAGGAGGGCUUGGGGCGCCUGGCGGCCCUGCGGCGGGCCCUGGGGGCGGCCUGGCAGGAGAGGGCUCGGCUGCUGCGCCAGGGCCGGGACCUGCAGCUCUUCCGGGAGCAGGCCAAGCAGGCUGAGGCCUGGCUCUCCGCCAAGGAGGCCGUGCUCAACAACGAGGACCUGGGCGACUCCGUGUCGAGCGUGGACGCCCUGAUGAAGAAGCACGCCCAGUUUGAGCAGACGAUGAAGGCUCAGGGAGAGCGGCUCAGCCAGCUGGAAGAGUUUUCCCGGAGCCUGGUGGAGGGCGGCCACUACGACGGGCCCGCCAUCCAGGCCCAGUGCCAGGCCCUGUGCUCCAGGAGAGAGCGGCUCAGGGAAAACGCCCGCCUCAAGCACAAGCGCCUCGGCGAGUCGCGCCAGCUCCAGCGUUUCCUGCGCAACGUCUACGAGGUCGAGGCGUGGCUGAACGAGAAGCUGCAGGUGGCGUGCGACGAGAACUACCGAGACCCCGUGAACCUGCCGAGCAAGACCAAGAAGCACGCGGCCUUCGAGGCGGAGGUGCAGGCCAACCGGGGCCGCGUGGAGGCCGUGGCCGAGGAGGGCCAGCGCCUGCUGCAGGGGGACCACUACGCAGCCCCGCAGAUCGCGACACGCCUCGAGUCUACCGAGAAGCUCUGGGCGCAGCUGCUGGAGCAGACACGGCUCAAGAAGGAGCGCCUGCAGGACUCCUAUCAGGCACUGCUGUUCAACUGGAUGCUGGACGACCUGCAGACGUGGAUGGACGACGUUGAGACGCAGCUCCAGUCAGAGGAUCACGGGAAAGAUCUCACAUCUGUUCAAAACCUGCUGAAAAAACAGCAGCUGCUUGAGACGGACAUCACGAACCACGCAGAGAUGAUGGAGCAGGUGAAGGAGCAGACGGCAAAUUUCGAAAAGAACAACCAUUUCCUCAAGGACGAGAUUCAGGAGAGAGCGGACAGCAUUGUCAAAAGGUACACGUCGCUGCACGAGCCCCUGCAGAUCCGCAGGGAGAACCUGGAGGAGGCCCUGCAGCUGCAGCAGUUCCUGCGAGACGUGGACGACGAGAUGUCCUGGAUCCGGGAGAAGGAGUCCCUGGCCAGCUCGGCCGACCUGGGCUCCAGCCUCUCCUCCGUCCAGAGCCUGCAGAAGAAACACCAGGGCCUGGAGGCGGAGAUCCAGGCUCACGAGCCCCUGGUGGCGUCGGUGGGCAGCAAGGGCCGCCAGAUGAUGCGCAGCGGACACUUUGCGGCCUCCGAGGUGGAGCAGCGCCUGGCCGAGCUGCAGACCUUUUGGGGACGGCUCAAGGACGCGGCCAGCGUCCGCAGGCUUCGCCUCCUCGACGCACUCGAGUCGCACACCUUUUACAGCGAGGCCACAGAGGCAGAGGCGUGGAUGAAGGAGAAGCUGCCUCUGGUGACCAGUUCGGAUCUCGGAAAAGACGAAGACUCUGUGCUGGCUCUUGCCAAGAAGCUGGAUGGAAUCGAUCGGGACGUGGAAGGCUUCAGCACCAACAUCUCCCGCCUGAUGAAGCAAAGCAAGCAGCUGGUGGACAGAGGCCACUUCGACAGCGGAAACAUUGACGAGAAAAUGAGGGAGCUGCAAGAAAUCUAUGUGGCAUUGAAGAAGCACAUUGCCGAGCGUCGCUACAAGCUUGCUGAGAGCGCCAAGUUCUACGCGUUCCUGAGGGAGACGGACGAGGUGCAGCACUGGAUCCAGGUGCAGACGGCCAUCGCAGGCUCCGAGGACUACGGCAACGACCUUGAGCGGGUCGAAAUCCUGCAACAGAAGUUUGAGGCGUUCCUGACGACCCUGCAGGCAAGCGAGGAGCGCGUGCGGCGCAUCCAGCAGCUGGGGCGCACUCUGGCAGCCGAGCGCCACCCGCAGAGCGACACGGCCAACCGGCGCUGUGCCGAGGUGGCCCGGCUUUGGGAGGAGUGCAAGGAGUGCGCCGCAGCUCGCCAGGACGCGCUUGCGGGAGCCAAGCAGGUGCACACGUUUGACCGCAAUGCGGACGAGACCAUCAGCUGGAUCUACGAGAAGGAGGCCAUGCUGCUGAGCGACGACUUCGGACACGACCUGGAGAGCAUCCAGGCAUUGAGCAGGCACCACGAGGGAUUCCAGCGUGACCUGGCAGCAGUGCAGGAGCAGGUGGAGGCGCUACUGCGGGAGGCCCGCCGCCUGGGGGAGACGUUCCCGGACGCCCGGGAGCACAUCGAGGUCAAGCGGGAGGAGGUGUCCGAGGCCUGGAACACCCUGCUGGGCCGCUCCCGCCAGCGGGGCGACAAGCUGCGACAGGCAGAGCAGCUGCAGGCAUACUUUGACGAGUACCGGGAGCUCAUGGCGUGGAUGAACGACAUCACGGCCCGCAUCACAUCGGACGAACUGGCGCGGGACGUGGCCGGGGCGGAAGCGCUGCUGGCACGGCACGGCGAGCACAGGUCGGAGAUGGACGCCCGGGCGGACAGCUUCAAGCGCUUCCUGAUGGCGGGCGAGCAGAUUGUGGCCAGCGGGCACUUCAUGUCGGACGAGGUCGAGGACCGCAUGCGGCGCCUCUCGGACUCCCGGGCCGCCCUGGAGCACACCUGGACGCGGCGCAGGGAGGUCUACGACCAGAGCCUCGACCUCCAGCUGUUCCUGCGUGAUGCCGACCAGCUGGAGACGUGGUUGGCGGGACGGGAGGCUUUCCUUCGCGACGAAAACCACGGCGACUCCAUCGCCGCAGUCGAAGAACUGAUCAGAAAGCACGACGACUUUAUGAAGACCGUGGAGGCACAGGAAGAUCGCUUCAACACUGUCAAGCGAAUUACAAAGCUUGAGGAGGCGUUCCGUCGCCUGAAGGUGGAGGAGGAGGAGAUGAAGAAGGUGGAGGUGCAGAAGAGAGAGCAAGACAGGGUGGACGCGAUGAAGCGCAAGGAGCAGCAGAGGAUCCUCGACGAGCGCAUGCGAGAGGACGGCAUUCGCCGGGGUGGCCUGCUGGACCUUCCGCCCGGCGACAACGGAGACGUGGGAGGGGGCCUGUCUCGCUCCGCAUCGCAGAAGUCUCUGGACAGCGGGGAGACCCGCAACCGGCUGACCACGCCCUCUUCGGUCAAGCGGGCCGAGAGCAUGAAGGUGGAGCUGGGCAAGAAGCUCAAGCGCACGCCGAGCUUCACGACGCGUCGGAGGGCGCAGAGCUUCCGACGCUCGGCGCGGAGCAGCGGCGGACUCCCGCCCGUGGAGAUGGAAGGGUUCUUGGACCGCAAGCACGAGCUGCAGGCCGGUGGAAAGAGGGCCACCAUUCGCUCCUGGAAGACCUUUUACACGGUGCUGUGCGGACAGCUCCUCUGCUUCUUCAAGGACCAGCAGGGCUUCGCGGACAGCAAUGCAGCCUCCCCGCCUGUGAGCCUGCUGCAGGCCCAGUGCUCUCGCGCGACGGACUACACCAAGAAGAAGCACGCAUUCCGGCUGCGCCUGGCCGACGGGGUGGAGUUCCUGUUUGUGGCCCACAGCGAGGCCUCCAUGAGCGACUGGGUGAACAAGGUCUCCUUCCACGCGGCCCUGCCCCCGAGCCUACAGCUGCUGAGCUACGACGAGGCCCGCAGGAGUGCCGGCUUCGACCCCUCCCAGGGCGUCGCCGCAGCGCCAUCUGGAAGGCCACCAUCAUCCGCAGACAGCGACAACAGUGGCACGCCGUUGGCGGAUCGACAUCGGCGCGACCUCUCGAGCACCCCAAGCCCGUGCUCUUCCCCCGAGCUUCGCCACGGAGGAACUGCGGUGUCCUCGCACCCGCGCGGCUCUGCCGCGACGACGGGCAAGGAUAAGCCCCCGGUCCCUCCGCGAAACUCUUCGGUUUCCAACUCGGGCGAUGCAUUGGACGGAGGGUCGGUGAAGAGCAAGAUUCAGAUGUUCCAGCAGGGGCAGGCUUCGGGGAUACCCCCGCCGCCGUCGCACGUGGGAGCAGCCGUGCCGACGACGAAGGGCGGCGUCCACUCGGCCAGCGCAAUAGCUGAGGACGCAGUUCAGAGGUCGUCUGGCAGCACCCACUCCCCCAAGAGUGCCCAGAACGGCUACGGGAGUCGGCCCGAGUCGAUGCUGGGGACACCGACCAGCAACAGCGCCUACCGGUCGGUGGAUAGCUACAGCUCGAGCGGGCUGGAAGAUUCUCCGCCGUCGUUUGUGCUUCCACCACUGCCGGACCAGCCACCGCCCAAGGCACGACGCGCCGAGGACUCGGAUUCCGACGUGGCAGGCACCUUGUCUGACGGAGACCAGGAGUGGAGGAGAGGUUACGGGAAAGGUCGUGCAGACGAAAAGGUGCAGUACAGAGAGUCGUCGUACCACCCGCAAGGGAACACUCCGUCGGGGGCCACGGUUGCGAGGCACGCUUCCCUGCCAGGCAGCGGCGCCCCUCCCCCCGGACUGGCGGCCCAGCACCAGUACUCGGCCACCCUCGACCGCCACCAGAGGGCGCCCUCUUCCGAAGGCUCGUCGGAGGGAGACACCGUCGACAAGAAGUCGCGGGACAAAAAGAAGGGGGUGCUCUCUCUCUUCCGAAAACGAUGAGAGCCCCAGUCUCGCGCGCCCUUCUUGCCUGCCCUUGGAGAGCUUCUGCAGAGUCGCGCUAACACGCCCACGCGAGGGCCACGCGUUCGACGGUUGAGCUUGUGUCAAACGGGUUGUGUGCAUAGCCAUUUAGUAACCCUCGUCGGUGCCGUAGUUUAACCGGUUCGCCAGCCGAAAACUGCGAAUGCGAGCUCGUAUCUUUUUGGCGUUCUACCGUCAGACGAGUGUGCAAUAGUGAACGUUUGCCGCAUUACGAUCGGCAGUCUACGAAAUCUUCCUAGUUUUGGGCUACUUACCGAGCAUGACAGAGGCUAGGCGCUUUACGGCACUCGGAAGGUUAAGAGACGAGGGUUUUACAUUUGUCUGCACAUUUCAUUGAGCGUCUGUCGUCGGUCGAGUGUAACGAAAGGUGCGUCGAGCCAAACCAGUGUCCUUUCAUUUUUUUGUUUGGGUGGAAGCGAAGAUUAAGUUUAGUGUGGCAGUAACCUCCAUUGUGUGAAGGAAUGUCCCGGAGGUCCAGGAAAAGACAUUUGUGUCGGGUUGUGACCCAGCGAAGUAGUUGGGCCGGUUGGUUCGUCGCCGGGGCUAUGUGCACCAAAAAGACGAACAGGACGGAGAAGAUGCGAUGCAACUAACACCUCGUGUUCCGUCCUCUUUGUCAUAUUUUUAUUUUAGGUGUACGUAGCCCCCUCGCGAUGCAAGUUUGCCUCAAACAAGUGCAGCUUCGAGUGACUUACGCCAUGGCUUGUUAGAGUGCUUGUCAUUUUUUAGUUCUAGUUUCUUACGAAAGUGUGUUCAGUUUGUGUAGCUUCUCUGUUUUGCCAGCGUCUAAAUGUAUAGAUGGUGCAAGGAGUGGCAUGCCUGAAAGAGGGCAAGCGUCAUUUGUUGAUUUGAGCAGAGUGCACUUGGGGAGCUACUUUUCUGUCUGGCUCUGCUCAUGGCACGUGCUUCGGGCAGCGAACGCAUUGUUACUUCUGAAAACCUUGAUUUGGAUUCCGUCAGAGCGUCAGCCAAGGCCGCACGGUGAACCCGGCAGCUUUAGGACACGAUAUGAAUGCAAAGUCCAUAGUUUGGAAAAUGUUAUGUACACAAAGACAUAUAUACAUAGUUUUUAUAUAUAUAUACAUAUAUAUAUAUAUAUAUAUAAAUACCUAUAAAUAUUAUACAAAAAUUAUACUCAUAAGCAGCAGCUGUGUGCGUGCCUUGUUUACAAAUGUUACCGUGGUCUCGAGAAUGGUUGUGUUAUAUAAAAGAGUGCUUCCCCUCGCAAAAACUAUGAAGUGUAUCGGACGAAGUACAAAAGCAUUUGAGAGCAUGGCAAGAGCGCUGUGGGUGUCCGGGCUCUAGCGAUAGCCUACUUCUAGGACGUCAAAUUUUCACGAGUGUUUCAAGUGUUUCCCAAAUCAAAAUCUUUUGUGUCGGUGCUGCGAUAUAUGGGGCUUAAUUGAUGCAAAUGUUACCUCUUUCUCACGAGUGCUUUGAGCCUGGGGGGUUUCUCUUGAAGCAUGUUACCUUGUAGAGUGUAUAGUUGUACUUACGUUCGAGAGGUGUAGGAUAAUGCAGAAGCAAAGGAAAGCUUCUAUUCUGCAAGUGCUAGUGUAGGCGGCCCAAAAAUAACAGGUAACUGAGGGACCAAAGGCAUCCAAGUGUUUCACACUUCUCAAAUACGGGACAUGUGUGUGUGCUCAUCGAGGAACAACUUUGUGUCUAGAGAACAUGGCUCGUCGAGCUGCUUUCUUGCAUCUUGACAGACUACUUAGAAGAAUGGGACCAAGAAAAUGGGCUAAUGGCCCUCGUUUAUUUUUUUAUAGAUGAAUAAAAAAAAAGAACCUAA